AUGUGGAGUAUAAGGCUCUUAGACAAACCGUUCAACACAAAGGUGGCUUAUGAUGGCCACCCAACAUUAUUUACCAUCAAUCUAUACCAUGGAGGUGAGUUGACUAAGUUUCCUCAUGUUCAGUACAUUGAUAGAAGUGUGAACUAUGUUGACAUGGUGGAUAUAUACGAGUUUUCAGUUCAUGAGUUGGAUGCUAUCAUGAAAGGGUUCAGGGAUGGUGUUCCUCCUAUGAUUUCCUAUCACUUCCUUGUGCCUAGUGGAGACUUUCAUUUUGGUCUUAAACCCUUGGGCAAUGAUGAUGAUUUAGGAACUUUUUCUCAAUAUGUGCGUGAUCACAAAAUCAUGAGGGUAUAUAUUGAACAUGGUGAGACAAAGUUACUUACCUACCUUAUGAAUCCUAAACAUGUUAGGAAGGUAAAUAUUGUAGAAAUGGAUGAAAUAGAUGAAAAUGAUGAUAAUGAAAACCAUACAACUAAGGUACAAGAUUUACCAAGCCCACCUAAAUCAUCCCCUGUUGAGGCACAAUCAUUACAUGUUGAGGUUCAUGAUAGAAAAAAAGAGCUUAUUGCUAAUCACUUUAUUGAGGCAGCUACAUAA